GACGUGACUACCAAAGCCACCACCUGUUCUGUCUUCUUCGCAUGGCUUUUUAAGUCAAAAUCAUUUCUCUCCUCCUCUUCAUUCUACUAAUCAUCCUCGAGAUAAAACUUGUAACAACCCAACAACAGCUAAUGGAUCCUCCCUUCGACCACUCACACCACCACCACCAUCACCACCACCAACGCGACGACAACGAAGAUGAUCGUCAAUCCUUCGGCGCACCACCACCGCCACGCAACAACUUCGCCGAUGCUCCUCCACCCCCUGGUCUUUACCACUCACAGCCUCAUCUCGAUCCCUACGCGCCUCCUCCCCCAGUGCCGUCGUCUUACGGAUCAGAACCUCAAUACAACCCUUACGCUCCUCCUCCGCCUUACUUCGAAGCUCCGGCACCACCGCCUCCGUUCGGUCACGUGAGCCAUGUCAGCCACCACACUUCCGAAGAACCAGACCACCACCGUUACGGAGCUUACCCGCCGCAUAAUUCGUCCUUGGAAAGCUACGGAGACAGCACCGGCGUCGUGCACGUGUCCCACCAUAGCUCACAUCAAACCGACAUGCCUUCUGGUUUCCACCACCUCCCUGAUGAUGAGAACCGUCUUCCUGAUAAUCUCGCCGGACUCGCGGGUAGACAAACGGUGAAGGUGUAUUCCAAAGCAGAGCCUAACUAUUAUCUGACGAUCAGAGACGGUAAGGUCAUUCUCGCCCCAGCCGAUCCUUCUGAUGAAGCUCAGCACUGGUACAAAGACGAGAAGUACAGCACUCGUGUGAAAGACGCAGAGGGCCAUCCUUGCUUCUCUCUUGUAAACAAGGCCACUGGUGAAGCCGUGAAGCAUUCUGUUGGAGCUACACAACCUGUGAAUCUAGUCAGAUAUGAUCCUGAUACUCUCGAUGAGUCUGUGCUGUGGACUCAGAGCAAGGAUUUGGGUGAUGGGUAUCGAACGAUAAGGAUGGUAAACAAUGUGGGGUUGAAUGUUGAUGCGUUUCAUGGUGACAGCAAAUCUGGUGGUGUCCGUGAUGGCACAACUAUUGUCCUCUGGGACUGGAACAAAGGAGAUAACCAGCUUUGGAAGAUCUUCCCUUUCUGAAAUUUGGCGGGUGGGAGUGGUAAAAAGUGGUAUGUGUGUUAAUGAAUAAAGAAAAUAAACAAAACUUCGUUUUGUUCAUUGUUGUGGUGUCUGUAAGACUUGAGUUUGUAACAUUGUGAUCUGUAGUCUGUUUUAAAUCAUAUCUUAAAAGUAUGCAAUAUUACAUAUGUGGUUUAUGUAUUUUAUCAUCUUUUUAUAUCUU